AGUUUUAAAGGAAGAACACAAGGUUGAAGGUGUAGUGCUUAAGGUUGAUCGGGUACCCCACAGAAGGACUCAGAAAGUGAUCAACGGCGAGAUAUUUUCUCAGGUGACAGCAAAGUUUGAUCCCGUCUGGUCGGGUAUUCCUCCAAAAGGGGCGAGACAGAUUUUGGAAAAAAUAAAAGUGGCCAUAGAUGUGUCCGUUCGGUGGGAAGAGAAUACCGUUGUUAUAUCUGGCACCUUGAAGCAAAUUAAUGAUUGCCAUCUCCUGAUAAGGAGGUUCUUAAACGAGGACAAAGAAAUUUUUGCGCAACUAAACAAUCUUCGCCUGACGGCCAAAGACCCAUAUGAAGUCAUAGAAAUCGAGAGUGGUGGAACAGGAAAGGUGGUCUCAACCUUAGCUGGAAGCUCUGAAGUGAUCAUAGCUACAAGAAUCGAUGAAAGUCCCGGAGCAAAGGUCAUCCCUGUCAAUGAAGUCAACAGCGACGAUCAGGAAGGACGUGUAUAUCCCACAACAGAGGCACGAUGGUUUCAAGUACAUCCAUAUGCCUUCCGCUUUAUGGAGAAGGUUUACAAAAAGAAGUUAAGUGAAAUCAGUGGAGAAUGUCUUGUGGAAGUUACCUCUUCGGCUUACGGUGCUCGAGUUAUGCUUCAGCCUAAACAAGACUGUGAUCUUACAACAUACAACACUGCCUGCAGUAAGCUUUCAGAACUUGUCAAAUCUGUCACUCAGGGUAUGGUUACCAACGAGCUGGAUUUAAAAGGUGUAGACGAGGACUCAGCCAAAGUUUUAAUGGAAUGCAUUGAGACCAUGUACCCAGUGAUCAUAGACAGGCCCCAAGAACACGGUCCGUUUUUAGUGUAUGGUGAUGCUGCAUCUGUAGAAGAAGCCAGGCGAACUGUAAAAGGAGGAAUCAGUCAACAGGAAAGCUAUGAUAUUGGCCUUGCUGCUCAAGAAAUGGCAAUGGUAGCACCGGAAAUGAUUUCUUUUGAAACUUCAAGUUAUCGAUCAGAAAAUGGUGUGUAUAUCUCCCUUCGUUAGGGAGACAUUACUACCGAGGAAGUCGAUGCAAUCGUGAAUCCUGCUAACAAACUUUUGUCCCACGGCGCUGGCCUUGCAAAGUUGAUUGUCCAAAGAGGUGGACUUGAAAUCCAGAGGGAAUCUGACAAGUUGAUACGAAAACGCGGUUUUCAAUCAUUACACACUGGAGACGCAGUGCAUACAGUCGCAGGAAAUCUUCGUUGUAAGUUUGUCAUUCAUGCCGUCGGUCCCGAGUGGGUCAAACACUCACAUACAGACAAUAUGAAACUUCUUCAGAAGGCGUGUCUCCAAAGUCUUAAACUAGCAUCUAAACUUGGUUUAUCAUCCAUUGCUAUACCAGCGAUUAGUUCCGGUAUCUUUGGUGCCCCUAUUGACAUAUGCGCCUUUGCCAUGUUAAACGCGGUGGAGGAGUAUCUCACAAUGCCGACCGUAACAAAGAAAGAAGUUACGAAGAAAAAAGGGUCAAAAGAAAGCAUCCAGAAACACAAAGAAACAGGAAAAAAGAAAACAUCGACCGAGCUUCCGAAGGAGAGACCAAGCAAAACUAUCGAUGGAGAAAAAGAGGAAGCAAAUCCAAGAGGCUUUCUUGACGACAUUCGUUUUGUUCUCAUUGACGCCGACUCAAUGGAUGUUUUCGAGAAAAUGUUCAAUGAAAAGUUUGGUGGCGUUACAGAUGACGUCGUCGAUGACUUUGAGGAUAUCGAUGACGAACAUGAUGACGAUGAAGUUUAGCGCGAGGAAAUCACGGCACCAAUCUUAAACUAGACUUGUACUCGUAACCGGAACUGUCAUUGGGGAAGGUUUACUAUGUUCAAACGUUCUUUUUUAACAGUUUCCUUCCCCGCUACGUUAGAUGACUGAAAGUCAUAAUAUCACUGCAGAUACUGUUUUAUCCUCAUCAAGCGGUGGCUAGUGCCGAGUUUAGAGUGUGAUCAUAACGAAUCGUUUUAAUUCUAUCAUAGACAAAGGUCGAUUGAAAGGGCAUGAGAUAAACGCGAUUAGUUGUGACGGACUUGAUCGGCCACUGGAAGCCUCACUGACUGCUUGGUGAUAUUUAAACAUAUUCGUCAUACCAAGUUUGCACGGGCCGGUUGUACCUACAUACUUUGUCCAAAGAACUCUGUGAUACGUUUGA